AUGGUGGCCACGCGACGCGCGAAGCGCGCGGCCAGCUCCGCCUCCAAGAGGACCGGCUACGUUUUCUGCCUACUCCUCGCUGCACAGUACGGCCUGCAGCCGUUCCUCAAGGUGUUCAUCGCCGACGGGGUCAACAAGGUUUCGCUCGUGCUCGGCACCGAGCUGGCCAAGGUCCUCAUCGGCGUCGUCGGCAUGCUCCUCGACGGCAGCCUCGCGUCGAACUUCGCGGGAUGGAAUCCAAGAGGUGCGGCGUUCGCGGUGAUCCCGUCGCUGAUAUACGCGGCGCAGAACUACCUGCUGGUGUUUGGGUACCAGAGCAUGGACAGCAUCACUUUCAACUGCCUCAACCAGUCGAAGCUGGUGUCAACCGCGCUGUGCCUGUACCUCCUGUUCGGGACCAAGCAGAGCGUCGUGCAGAUGGUUGCGCUCGCGGGAUUACUCGUCGCGGGCGUGAUGCUCCAAGACGGCGGCGGCGACGGCGGGUCAUCGUCCAAGGGUACGUCGUCGUCAGACGCCAAGCUCGCCGUCGGCGUCGCCGCCGUGAUCGCCGCGAGCGCCCUCUCCGGCGUGGCCUCCGCGGCGUGCCAAUACGCCAUGCAGCGCAUCGGGACCCCAGCUCCCAUUUUCACGCUGGAGAUGGCGUUCGUCGCCAUCCCGGCCCUGCUCGUGUCGCAGGCUGGUCUCAUCGCCGAGGACCCGGCUGUUUUAUUCCGGGGCUGGGACGCGCGCACUCUGAUCCCGGUGUUCGCGUCGGCGUUCGGCGGCAUCUGCGUGGGGCAGGUGACGAAAAACCUGGGGGGAAUAGCGAAGGGGUUCGCGAUCGUUGGCGGCUUGGUGCUUACGGGUUUGGCGCAGGGUGUCCAGGAGGGCAGGUGGCUGGAGACGAGGACCCUCGUGGCGCUGGUGCUGGUGGUGAGCUGCGUCUGGGCGCACAACACCCACCCGCCGGCCAAGCCCAAGAGUAAGCGCCAGUAG